CUCAUUCACACAGGAAAUACCAUGCAAUGCAAACACCACAACAAACUUCACCCACGUCUAUUCUAUUUUAUUUCCAUUCUCUAUUCAUUUAACUAAAUUCAUCAAAACACCUGACGAAUAUCCGCUGUCUUUUCUUGACUCUAUCUUCAAUGGCUUUCCUUGCCCACUUUUCCCGUCUCCCCGCCGCCACUCGCAUCAACGUUCCUUCCCCGGACACUUUCCGCUGCCACAAAGUCUUCUCACUCCGUUCUUCAGCCGACUUCGAUUUCGAUCCCAAGGUGUUCCGAAAGAACCUCACCAGGGGUGACAAUUAUAACCGCAAAGGCUUUGGACACAAGGAAGAGACACUCAAACUCAUGAAACACGAGUACACUAGUGACAUCAUUGAGACAUUGAAGAAAAAUGAGUAUGAGUAUACAUGGGGUAAUGUCACUGUUAUGCUAGCAGAAGCCUUUGGCUUUUGUUGGGGAGUUGACAAAGCUGUUCAAAUUGCUUAUGAGGCCACAAAACAGUUUCCUAAUCACAAAAUUUGGAUUACCAAUGAAAUCAUUCACAAUCCAACGGUUAAUAAGCGGCUAGAGGAGAUGGGUGUGGAGAAUAUUCCUAUAAGAGAAGGAAAGAAACAAUUUGAGGUUGUCAACGAGGGUGAUGUAGUCAUAUUGCCUGCUUUUGGAGCCGCAGUCGAUGAGAUGUUGAUUUUGAGUGACAAAAAUGUUCAAAUCGUUGAUACGACUUGCCAGUGGGUUUCAAAGGUAUGGAAUGUUGUCGAGAAACACAAGAAAGGAGAUUAUACCUCGAUAAUUCACGGUAAAUAUGCCCAUGAGGAAACGGUAGCAACUGCUUCUUUUGCUGGAAAGUACAUAAUUGUGAAAAAUAUGGCAGAGGCUGAAUAUGUUUGCGACUAUAUUCUUGGUGGUGAACUUAAUGGAUCCAGCUCAACCAGAGAGGCAUUAUACGAGAAAUUUAAAUUUGCAGUUUCUAAGGGCUUUGAACCAGACAAUGACCUGAUAAAACUUGGCAUUGCAAAUCAGACAACAAUGCUUAAAGGAGAGACUGAAGAGAUCGGGAAACUAGUAGAGAGGACUAUGAUGCGCAAAUUUGGCGUGGAAAACGUUAACGAGCACUUCAUAAGCUUCAACACAAUUUGUAAUGCUACCCAGGAGAGACAAGAUGCUAUCUACAAGCUGGUAGAGAAAGAUAUGGAUCUUAUGUUAGUAGUUGGUGGCUGGAACUCGAGCAAUACAUCACACCUGCAAGAGAUAGCUGAGGAACGCGGAAUUCCUUCUUACUGGAUCGACAGUGAGCAAAGAAUUGGUCCAGGAAACAGAAUAGAACACAAGUUGAAUCAUGGCAAGCUUGUGGAAACAGAGAACUUUCUACCAAAGGGCCCAUUAAAGAUCGGUGUAACUUCUGGUGCAUCCACACCAGACAAGGUUGUGGGAGACGCGCUCAUCAAGCUGUUUGACUUGAAAAGGGAAGAAUGAUUACAUCUCGCAUAAAGUAGAUCUGCUUAAAUACCAUAAAAAUAGACGCGAACAGUAUGUAGUUGCAACUGCAAACUGUACAUUAUGGAUGUACCAAGUAGCACAAGAUACUAUCCGGUUCCACAAAUGAGAGGCAAAAAUAAUACAAGAAAUAAGAGCUUUGGUAUCUGGCUCUAUUAAACAAAAUUAAUGUAAUAUACAUGUAAUAUACUUUAAGAGCUUUGGUAUCUGCAAAAGUUUUGUUGAUUGACUCAUCCAUGGGAUCCAAUUUGUAUGGUUGUAUGUCCAAGUACUCUAUCAUUACUAUAUAAUGAUCUAUAUAAGUAGCUAUCUUCCAAUUGAAGAGUCUUUUAUUUCUCA